UUUGGGAAAUAUGCAGAGAACUCUGAUGCGGUUGAUUAUGGCCCCGAGAAAAAGAAUAUCAACACUUAAUUUAUUACUCUCUUUAAUUCUGGUUUCAAUGAUUUGUUUUAUUUUAAUUCGUGAUUGGUUAACUACAAUAGAAGAACUUCCACCGGGUGAAGGAAGGACUUGGGCACCACAAAAUAAAAGUUUAUUAAAUAAAAAGAAAGAAAUUGUUGGGAAAAGUUUAAAUAAAAAGGUUUUUGCGGCUGUUUUGCCUGUGAAGAAUAAAAAUGGUCCAGGUGAAAUGGGCGCUGCUGUGUUUUUAACGGGCAAAGAAGCAGUUCAGGGCACUGCUGACAUGAAAAAAUGGUUUAUGAAUGUUGCUGCUAGUGACAAAAUUUCUAUGGAUCGUUCAUUGCCAGAUGUCCGUAUUAAAGAAUGCAAAACAAAAAUUUAUGAUUUAAAUAAAUUACCAAAAACUUCGGUUGUUAUUAUUUUUACUGAUGAAGCUUGGUCUCCAUUAUUACGAACUGUCCAUUCUGUGAUUAAUAGAACACCUGAUAAAUUAUUGGAAGAAGUUUUGUUGGUUGAUGAUUUUAGUCAAAGAGACGACCUCCACCAGAAUCUUGACAAUUACAUUGAACGAUUUAAUGAAAAAGUGCGCAUUCACAGAUUCAAAGAAAGGAAUGGUUUGAUUCGUGCAAAGUUAAAUGGAGCAAAAUUGGCACGUGGUGAAGUUGUUGUGUUUUUGGAUUCACAUUGUGAGGCAAAUAUUGGAUGGUUUGGAUUUUUUUAA